AGAUCCGAUCGCGGUAAAGUCCAGGAACACGUAAGCAUGAAAACAACCGGUCUAAACUCAACGAGCCUCUCGUAAUUUUCCAAAGAAAGAAAGUUGGUGUUACGUUGAAGACUAUGGUGUCCAUUGUUGUGUGGCCACAAACACUGCACCAACUCAACAAGUUAAUCACCUCUUUCUAACUUCUACAAUGCUCUCUUCUCUUCCAACCUCAAACAACUUCGUCCAUUUCCGCGAAUGGCUCUUCUACAGUUGCAGCCUAUAUUCGCUGCUACUCUUCCGUCUCAGCUCGAGAAGCUCCCCAGGAAAACAAGGCUAGCAUUGUCUACCCAAAGACACUCCAAUCCCCGUCACCAUCAACUGAAGAGGAAUCUCCAGAAACUGAGCGCGGUCGCCGAGGAAAUCUCGGCUGCGGCGGGCGAUGAGAGCGUGAUUCGGGAGGAUGAAGCUGUGGAGCACAAGGAAUCAUCGGCGAGAUACGAUUGGACCGAGGAAUGGUAUCCGCUCUACCUCACCAAGCAAGUGCCCGACGACGCGCCGCUAGGGCUCACGGUCUUCGACAAGCAGGUCGUGUUGUUCAAAGACGGCGAUGGAGUAAUUAGGUGUUACGAAGAUCGUUGCCCCCACAGGCUAGCAAAGUUGUCUGAGGGCCAACUCUAUGAUGGGAGAUUGGAGUGUUUGUACCAUGGCUGGCAAUUUGAAGGAAAUGGUAAAUGUGUGAAGAUACCUCAGCUCUCAGAAGGUGCAAAAAUCCCAGCAUCGGCUUGUGUGAGAACCUACGAGGUCAAGGAUUCACAAGGCGUGAUAUGGAUUUGGAUGUCGCAUAAGACGCCUCCGAUUCUCGAAAAAAUCCCUUGGUUUGAGAAUUUCGAUAGACCAGGUUUUCGAGAUAUCUCAACCAUCCACGAGCUCCCCUAUGAUCAUUCCAUUCUUCUAGAGAACCUCAUGGAUCCUGCUCAUGUUCCUAUCUCACACGACAGAACGGAUUUUACUGCUAAAAGGGAGGAUGCCGCUGCGCUGUUUUUUGAGGUGUUGGAAAGAACUGAUCGAGGCUUUGCAGGCCAUUGGGGUAGAGAGAAAGAUCGGUCAAUGCCAGACUACUCACCCAACUCUCUGAGGUUUGAGGCGCCUUGUGUGCUUCAGAACAACCGAGAAAUCGUUGACAAGAAUGGCGAGAGGCACUACUUCUCGGGGCUGUUCCUCUGCAGGCCGUCUGGACAGGGGAAGUCGAUGCUUAUAGUUAGGUUUGGGAAUUCGAGAAAGCCACCACUACUUGUGAAAGUGCUUCCUCAGUGGUACAUGCAUCAGAAUGCUUGCAAGGUAUUCGAGCAAGACAUGGGGUUCCUUUCGUCUCAGAACGAAAUCCUUAUGAAGGAGAAAGUUCCAACGAGGAAGCUUUACAUCAAUUUGAGGUCCUCUGAUGUUUGGGUGUCCGAGUACAGGAAAUGGAUGGACAAAGUGGGGCAUGGAAUGCCUUACUACUUCGGGCAUAGCUCGAUUUCUCUACCAGAGAAUCCAGCAGUAGUUGAGCAUGCUCCGGCCGGAUUUGUUGCCAGUUUUUCAGCCUCUCAGCCGGCUAAGGGCGGCGUUGGGACAAUGGAGGCGCCAAACCCUGCCAACAGAUACUUCCGGCACGUGGUCCAUUGCAAGGGAUGCAUGAGCGUCGUGAAAUCUUGUCAUGCGUGGAAGAGAGCUCUCUCCAUUGCUGCUGCUGUAUCCACGGCCUUGGCGAUCCUUGUAUCUGGGAGGCAGUGGAAGGCGCUGUUCUUGCUCUCGACUGCAGUUCUGUUGGCCGGGGUACAAAUCUGCUCGACUAUUGUUGCGAUGAACACGACCAACUUCAUCAGAACGCACAGAAGGAUGUGAUCCAGGAGAGUAAAUUAUAAGGUUUCAUUCCUUACGAAACUUUUUAAGUAUGUUGUACUGAUUUGCUCAUUCCUGAGUAAGCAUGUAGUGCUUUUAAGGUUGAAGUUUCUGUUACAUAUUGUUCAUGGAAAUAUAUUUGAAGGUUACUAUUUCAAA